CACUUUUUGCGGUACUUUAUUUCUGUUGACUCUAUGUUCACUAAUCAUCUAUAUUCGGAAGACAAAACGGUUUUAAAAAAAGAACCUAUCAAUCAGUUAUUCAAUCAGAUAUAGCAGUACCAUCUGACCGUAUGAUAGUGCUAGAAUUUGAGCCUGUGUACCUACAGAACCUACCGUCGGCGGAGGGAUACGAAAAGAGCUACAUGCACAGAGAUGUCAUCACGCACCUCGUCGUUACAGAGACAAACUUUCUAGUGACAGCAAGCUGUGAUGGCCAUAUAAAAUUCUGGAAAAAGCAAGAAGAAGGAAUUGAGUUUGUCAAGCACUUUAAAAGUCACCUAGGCUCAAUCCAGGGAAUAUCUGCAAGUGCUGAUGGCCAGCUACUGUGCUCUGUGGCCUCUGACAAGUCAAUGAAAGUAUUUGAUGUCAUCAAUUUUGAUAUGAUCAACAUGUUGAAACUCAACCAUGCACCAGGACAAUGUGAGUGGGUCUUUCCCAGAGGAGCUGCUGUUGCUGCAGUGGCAUGCUCAGAUGCUGACAGGGGGGUGAUUCAUAUCUAUGAUGGGAGAGGCUCAAAUACCCCACUGCACACUUUGAACAUUCACUCAAGCACAAUAACUGUCAUAAGGUACAACCCUAGAUAUGAUAUUGUGGUAUCCACAGACACAGCUGGUAUGGUUGAGUACUGGUCAGCACUAAAAGGAGACUUCAAGUUUCCCAAGAACCUGGACUUUGAAUAUAAAACAGACACAGACCUGUUUGAGUUUAUCAUGUGUAAAACAUUUCCAGUUUCUCUGCGCUUUUCACCUGAUGGGAAAAUGUUUGUUACUAUGGCAACAGAUCGAAAGGUUAGGGUGUUCCGGUUUCUUUGUGGGAAGAAGUCGCGUGUGUUUGAUGAGUCUCUGCAAGUCUUCACUGAGAUGCAGCAGCAAAAACAACAACUUCCUAACAUGGAAUUCGGGCGCCGUGUUGCCAUCGAAAGAGAUUUAGAGAAAUCAGAUGCAUUCAAGUAUUCUAAUGUUGUCUUUGAUGAAAGUGGGUACUUUAUUCUGUAUGCAACUAUGCUAGGAAUAAAAGUUGUCAACCUUCAUACAAAUCGUUGUGUAAGGAUAAUAGGAAAGCCCGAAAAUGUUCGGUUUCUCCAGUUAGCUCUCUAUCAAGGCAGACCAAAGGAAAAGGCUGUGUCUUUGACCCUGGAAAUUCAAGCUGCUGAUAAUCCAGCCCUGGCUAAAGACUGCACUGACCCGGCUGUUUUUUGCACAGCAUUUAAGAAAAAUAGGUUUUAUAUCUUCUCCUCACGAGGACCAGAAAUGAGUGGUGAAAGUGAGAGAGAUAUUUUCAAUGAGAAGCCAUCUAGAGAGGAAAUCAUGGCAGCCACACAAGGGUCAAACACGCCCGCGAAGCUACCAGAAAUGGCGAUUAUCCACACGACUAUGGGAGACCUGACCAUCAAACUAUUCUCAAAGGAGUGCCCUAGAACGAUAGAAAACUUCAUUACUCACAGCAAGAAUGGCUACUACAAUAGCAACAUCUUCCACCGAGUCAUCAAACAGUUCAUGAUUCAGACGGGGGACCCACAAGGCGAUGGUACCGGUGGUGAGUCCAUCUGGGGCGGUGAGUUUGAGGACGAAUUCCAUCGUAACCUCCGCCAUGACAGGCCGUACACCGUCAGUAUGGCUAACGCUGGCCCAAACACCAAUGGCUCACAGUUCUUCAUCACUGUAGUUCCCACGCCGUGGUUGGAUAAUAAACACACCGUGUUCGGCCGGGUUGUGAAGGGGAUGGAUGUAGCACAGCAGAUCAGUCUCGUGAAAACGAACCCGAAAAACGAUCAGCCCUACGAAGACAUCAAGAUUAUCAACAUCACCCUCAAGGACUAGAUAGGAUCUACACACAAAGACGGGGUGCAAACAAGGAAGGAAAUAGGGCAAGACACUAAACGACAAACGGUCGCCCUCAAAGACAAGGGUUGUAGACAAAGAGCAAACGCGCGCCAGAAAACGGGUUACGCGACAGAAUCGCCAAAA